GCGGCUCUGUCUUCCUAAGGGAAGUGGCCCGGACAAAAUACAUGCCAGGCAGUGCAAGGGCUGCUAGGAGAAAGGCUCGAGAUACCCCUCCUGGCAUUUGCUUGGGGGCCAGAAUUUACAUUCAAUCUUCUUCAGAAACUUCCCUUUCCGGGUGUUUGCUAAAGGUGAUAGUUUCCAGGUCACCUGACCGGUCUCCUUUGCUGUCGGCGCCAAGUCCUGCAAGUUUGCGUGAGAGACGAGAAACCAGCAAGAGUUGGGCAAACUUUCCAAACCAGGCUUUUCCUUCAGUGUGGAAUCUAGGCGGCCACAGUCUGGUGCCAGCUGGGUCACAAACAGCUCCGUGACCUGUUUGUAAACGCGAUGCUCUUAGUUCCAGACUAACCGCUCACAAGGGUGAAGCACUUAAUUAAUUCAUCUCUUAAUCUUGUUAGGGGCCAACGGCUCCUAUUAGUGUUUGAGCGUGACGGCGACGGUGCUGUUUAUGAAGCCCCAGCCUAUUUGGAGGUGAGGAAGAGGAGUCUGUGGGUAACCUGGAGGUCGACAGACCGGGAGGAACGCUCGAGGGAGCACCAGGCCUGUUACAACGAGCGCGCGCCGACGCACGUCUCCACCCACCCGGCGCAACCGCCAGAGCGCGCUCCCAGCAACCGCGGCUCUCGCGCGUUUGUAGCCAUUACGUCACGGCCUCUUCUGCUUCUCAUUGGGGGAGCCCGUCCAAUCAUGUGAUUCCAGUAUGGCGUAUAAAUAAAGGCGAGGAGAAGGCGGUGGUCCGCCAUUUCGUGGACGCCGGGUGAGUGAGAGAGUUGGUUGGCGUCGGGCCGGAGGAAAGCGGGAAGACUCAUCGGAGCGUGUGGAUUUGAGCCGCCGCAUUUUUUAACCCUAGAUCUCGAAAUGCAUCGUGAUUCCUGUCCAUUGGACUGUAAGGUUUAUGUAGGCAAUCUUGGAAACAAUGGCAACAAGACCGAAUUGGAACGGGCUUUUGGCUACUAUGGACCACUCCGAAGUGUGUGGGUUGCUAGAAACCCACCCGGCUUUGCUUUUGUUGAAUUUGAAGAUCCCCGAGAUGCAGCUGAUGCAGUCCGAGAGCUAGAUGGAAGAACACUAUGUGGCUGCCGUGUAAGAGUGGAACUGUCGAAUGGUGAAAAAAGAAGUAGAAAUCGUGGCCCACCUCCCUCUUGGGGUCGUCGCCCUCGAGAUGAUUAUCGUAGGAGGAGUCCUCCACCUCGUCGCAGAUCUCCAAGAAGGAGAAGCUUCUCUCGCAGCCGGAGCAGGUCCCUUUCUAGAGAUAGGAGAAGAGAGAGAUCGCUGUCUCGGGAGAGAAAUCACAAGCCGUCCCGAUCCUUCUCUAGGUCUCGUAGUCGAUCUAGGUCAAAUGAAAGGAAAUAGAAGACAGUUUGCAAGAGAAGUGGUGUACAGGAAAUUACUUCAUUUGACAGGAGUAUGUACAGAAAAUUCAAGUUUUGUUUGAGACUUCAUAAGCUUGGUGCAUUUUUAAGAUGUUUUAGCUGUUCAAAUCUGUUUGUGUCUUGAAACAGUGACACAAAGGUGUAAUUCUCUUAUGGUUUGAAAUGGAUCAUACGAGGCAUGUAAUACCAAGAAUUGUUACUUUACAAUGUUCCCUUAAGCAAAAUUGAAUUUGCUUUGAACUUUUAGUUAUGCAUAGACUGAUAAUAAACCUCUAAACCUGCCCAGCAGAAGUGUGUUUUUUUAAAAUUUAAAUACAGAAACAACUGGCAAAAAUUGAACUAAGAUUUACUUUUUUUUCCAUAGCUGGGAUACAGGCUGCAGCUAUAGUUGAACAAGCAGUCUUCAAAAACUGCUAUGAAACACAGGCCAUCAGGUAAAAUGAAACGCUGCACUAUUAAAUUAGAGGUUUUUGAAAAAUCCAACUCACUUUCAUCCUGGGCAGAGGUUGCCUAGUUGGUAUAGAAUGUUAAGUUUCAAGAAAGUUUACCUUUGCUUUAGGUCAUAAGUUCCUUAUUUGAUUGCUGUAUAUGAAUACAUGGCUGUUCAUGACAUUCUUUAUGUGCAAAUUUGUGAUUUCAAAAAUGUCCUGCCAGUUUAAGGGUACAUUGUAGAGCCGAACUUUGAGUUACUGUGCAAGAUUUUUUUUUCAUGCUGUCAUUUGUAAUAUGUUUUGUGAGAAUCCUUGGGAUUAAAGUUUUGGUUACAAAUUGUUCUUUAACUUGAAAGCCUGUUUUUCCUUGCAAACUCAAAUCUGUGAGCUUGGUACCAAGUCCAGGUAUAACAUUCCUAUUGGAAGCCAUACUUAUAUUUUCUUGUAAAGUGCUUUUGAAUUAAUAAAAUAUUAGCAUAAUUGUGUAUAGUCAGUUGAA